AUGGAAAGUCCUCGACAGUCAGACGCAAGUUCUCCUGCGGAGCCCUGCUCUCCGAUAUGCGUGGAUACGCCAGCAACGCAGUCGUCCGUCUUGUUUGACGGCAACCUUGACGAGUUACUGCGUAACUUCCCCCUCCGACAGUACAUCCUGGUCACUGGGGGCCUCGGGUUCAUUGGAAGUCACACGACAUUAGAACUGCUCAAGGCCAGCUAUAACGUGAUUGUGAUCGACAACCUCAGCAAUUCUUUCCAAAGCGUUUUUGACCGCAUCAAACUUUUGGCGCAAAACCACCAUGAAAAACAUGGAACGCAGAUGCCAGCCCUGCAUUUGGACACUCACGACUAUCGGGAUACCGCCGCCCUUAGGGGACUGCUCGAUCAGUAUCAGCUUCAGUCCAGAUGGGGCACCCCCAAAUCCAAGAUUGCUGGCGUCAUCCACUUUGCCGCUUACAAGGCUGUCGAGGAGAGUAUCAGGAGCCCGCUCAAAUACUAUUCCAACAACGUAAGCGGUCUCAUCGACUUCGCAUCGACUUUGGGCGAGUAUGGUAUCAAAACGUUCAUCUUCUCUUCGUCGGCUACCGUUUACGGGACGCUGGCAACAUCUGGUCUGCCGCUCAAAGAAGAACUUUGCGCGCACAAGGACGAAAACUUCCAGAACGCCGACGGGUUUGGCAUGACGGUCAAGGCUGGAUGCACCGGAAUCACGAACCCGUAUGGACGCACAAAAUGGAUGUGCGAAGCGAUACUCGCGGAUCUAGCAGCUUCUGAUCCAGAGUGGAUGAUUGUCGCGCUCCGGUACUUCAAUCCAAUCGGCUGCGAUGAGUCGGGCUUGCUUGGUGAAGAUCCCAGGCAGACCCCAACAAAUCUAUUGCCGGUCGUGGUAAAAGUCAUGACAGGGGAAUACAAGGAACUGCAAAUGUUCGGCACUGACUGGGAUACGGAGGACGGCACUGCCGUCCGUGACUUCAUCCAUGUUACCGACUUGGCCCGGGGACAUGUCGCAGCCUUUGACGUUGCUUUGGAGGGCAAACUGGUUGAAAAUUUCCGCGCAUUCAACUUGGGCACCGGUCGAGGGCACUCGGUGAUGGAAGUCGUCGAUACCAUGGAGAGUGUUUCUUCCAAGCGAAUCCCAACAAAGGCUGCCCCUCGGCGUCAGGGAGAUGUCGGUUCCUGCGUUGCCAUCGCCACCAGGUCGGAACAAGAGCUUCGUUGGAAGACUGAAAAGACGCUGAAGGACGCGUGCGGGAGCUUGUGUAAGUUCUUGGAAUCGAGUGGUUUGCAUCUCUCGAGAUGUUGA